GCGGACCGGAGGAGAUAAGAAGGAGGCGCUAAUGUUUGCUCUCUGGGUUGAAGGGGCGAGGGAACCAGAGGCGAGGAGUCUGGGCCAUCAGCGACCCGCCAAGACUUGAACUAGCCGCGGCGGCGUCCGGAGUGGCUCCUGGGGGUGCAGCCGCCGCCGGGGGACGGAGUGCCAGGCCCAGCGGCCCGCUUCCCUUUGUGUCCAGGGGCAGGGGCCACGGGAGGGCGGCCCGCUGGCCGGGCCUCCCCUCGGCACGCCGGGCUGUGGGGUCCGGCUGCGGUGUAGACGCCUACCUCCCCUCCCCUCCAAGGUCCCCGGGGGUCUUCCUGUGUCCCCGUGCUACGGAGACCCAGGCGAGGCGCUUGUGAGACGGGGACUUGCCCUGGAGCACAGGGCACACGGAGAACCUGAAUUCCAUGUCCAAAGCCACUGUGCCAUUCCCUCCAAUCGGCCUUGAUUUCUCAGUCUGUCCCCGCGGGGACGCUCUUCCAGAUAUUUUGGUGCUUUGCCUAUAGCUCAUGGUUGACAGCUCAGACAGAGAAAAAUUUGAGGGAGGAUGGACGCAAAAGCUCGGAACUGUUUGCUUCAAUAUAAAGAAGCUCUGGAAAAGGACAUCAAAACAGCCUACAUCAUGGAUCACAUGAUUGGGGAUGGAGUUUUAACAAUUUCGGAGGAGGAAAAAGUGAAAAACGAGCCUACUCAACAGAAACGGGCAGCUAUGCUAAUUAAAAUGAUACUUAAGAAAGAUAAUUAUUCCUACAUAUCAUUCUAUAAUGCUCUACUACUUGAAGGAUAUAAAGAUCUUGCUGCCCUUCUCCAAGAUGGCAUUCCUGUUGUCUCUUCUUCCAGUGACAAAGAUUCAGGAGGUGGAAUAACUACAUAUGUAAGGACAGUUCUGUGUGAAGGUGGAGUACCACAGCGGCCAGUUGUUUUCGUUACUAGGAAGAAGCUGGUGAAUGCAAUUCAGCAAAAGCUCAUCAAAUUGAAUGGGGAACCGGGAUGGGUCACCAUAUAUGGAAUGGCAGGCUGUGGCAAGUCCGUAUUAGCUGCGGAAGCUGUUCGAGAUCAUUCUCUCUUAGAAGGUUGUUUCUCAAGUGGUGUGCACUGGGUUUCGGUUGGGAAACAGGACAAAUCUGGGCUUCUGAUGAAAAUGCAGAAUCUUUGCACACGGUUGGAUCAGGAUGAGAGUUUUUCCCAGAGGCUUCCACAUAAUAUUGAAGAGGCUAAAGAUCGUCUCCGCAUUUUGAUGCUUCGCAAAUACCCAAGGUCUCUGUUGAUCUUGGAUGAUGUUUGGGAUCCUUGGGUGUUGAAAGCUUUUGAUAAUCAGUGUCAGAUUCUUCUUACAACCAGAGACAAGAGUGUUAUAGAUUCAGUAAUGGGCCCCAAAUAUGUAGUCCCUGUGGAGAGUAGCUUAGGAAAAGAGAAAGGCCUUGAAAUUUUAUCCCUUUUUCUUAAUGUGAAGAAAGCAGAUUUGCCAGAACAAGCUCAUAGUAUUAUAAAAGAAUGCAAAGGUUCUCCCCUUGUAGUGUCUUUAAUUGGUGCCCUUUUACGUGAUUUUCCCAACCGCUGGGACUACUACCUCAGACAGCUUCAGAAUAAGCAAUUUAAGAGAAUAAGGAAAUCUUCAUCUUACGAUUAUGAGGCUCUGGAUGAAGCCAUGUCUAUAAGUGUGGAAAUGCUCAGAGAAGACAUCAAAGAUUAUUACACAGACCUUUCCAUCCUUCAGAAGGAUGUGAAGGUCCCUACAAAGGUGUUAUGUAUUCUCUGGGACCUGGAAACAGAAGAAGUUGAAGACAUACUGCAGGAGUUUGUUAAUAAAUCUCUCUUAUUUUGUGAUCGGAAUGGAAAGUCAUUUCAUUAUUAUUUACAUGAUCUUCAAGUAGAUUUCCUUACAGAGAAGAAUCGCAGUCAGCUUCAGGAUCUACAUAAGAAGAUGAUCACUCAGUUUCAGAGGUAUCAUCAGCCACAUACUCUUUCACCAGAUCAGGAGGACUGCAUGUAUUGGUACAACUUCCUGGCAUAUCACAUGGCCAGUGCCAAUAUGCACAAAGAACUUUGUGCUUUAAUGUUUUCUUUGGAUUGGAUUAAAGCAAAAACAGAACUCGUGGGCCCUGCUCAUCUGAUUCAUGAAUUUAUGGAAUACAGGCAUAUAUUGGAUAAAAAGGAUUGUGCGGUCUGUGAGAAUUUUCAAGAGUUUUUAUCUUUAAAUGGACACCUUCUUGGACGGCAGCCAUUUCCUAAUAUUGUACAGCUGGGUCUCUGUGAACCUGAAACUUCUGAGGUUUAUCAGCAAGCUAAGCUGCAGGCCAAGCAGGAGGUCGAUAACGGAAAGCUUUACCUGGAAUGGAUAAACAAAAAAAACAUCAAGAAUCUCUCCCGCCUAGUUGUCCGCCCCCAUACAGAUGCUGUUUACCAUGCCUGCUUCUCUCAGGAUGGUCAGAGGAUAGCUUCUUGUGGAGCUGAUAAAACCUUGCAGGUGUUCAAGUUUGAAACAGGAGAGAAACUUCUAGAAAUCAAGGCUCAUGAGGAUGAAGUGCUUUGUUGUGCAUUCUCUAUGGAUGACAGAUUUAUAGCAACUUGCUCAGUGGAUAAAAAAGUGAAGAUUUGGAAUUCUGUGACUGGGGAACUAGUGCAUACAUAUGAUGAGCACUCAGAGCAGGUCACCUGCUGCCAUUUCACCAACAACAGUCAUCAUCUUCUCUUGGCCACUGGGUCAAGUGACUCAUUUCUCAAACUCUGGGAUUUGAAUCAAAAAGAAUGUCGAAAUACCAUGUUUGGCCACACAAAUUCAGUCAAUCACUGCAGAUUUUCACCAGAUGAUAAGCUUUUGGCUAGUUGUUCAGCUGAUGGAACGUUAAAGCUUUGGGAUGUAAGAUCAGCAAAUGAGAAGAAAAGCAUUAAUGUGAAGCAGUUCUUCCUGAACUCAGAGGACCCCCCCGAGGAUAUGGAAGUCAUAGUGAAGUGCUGCUCCUGGUCUGCUGAUGGUGCUAGGAUAAUAGUGGCGGCAAAAAAUAAAAUCUUUCUUUUUGACAUUCAUACCAGUGGCCUUUUGGCAGAAAUCCACACAGGCCAUCAGAGCACCAUCCAGUACUGUGACUUCUCCCCUCAAAACCACUUGGCUGUGGUGGCUUUGUCCCAAUACUGUGUAGAGCUGUGGAAUAUCGACUCAUGUCUAAAGGUAGCUGAUUGCAGAGGACAUUUAAGUUGGGUUCAUGGAGUGAUGUUUUCUCCUGAUGGAUCAUCAUUUUUGACAUCUUCUGACGACCAGACAAUCAGGCUCUGGGAGACAAAGAAAGUCUGUAAGAACUACGAUAUAGUGUUAAAGCAAGAAGUAGAUGUUGUGUUUCAAGAAAAUGAAGUGAUGGUUCUUGCAGUUGACAAUAAAAGACGUCUACAACUCAUUAAUGGAAAGACAGGUCAGAUUGAUUAUCUGACUGAAGCUCAAGUGAGUUGCUGUUGCUUAAGCCCGCAUCAUCAGUAUGUUGCCCUUGGAGAUGAAGAUGGAGCCAUUCAGAUUUUAGAACUUCUGAACAACAAAAUCUUCCAGUCCAGAAUUGGGCACAAGAAAGCUGUACGGCAUAUCCAGUUCACAGCCGAUGGGAAGACUCUUAUUUCAAGUUCUGAUGAUUCUGUGAUUCAGGUGUGGAACUGGCAGUCAGAGGAGUAUGUCUUUCUGCAAGCCCAUCAGGAAACAGUGAAAGACUUCAGGCUCCUGGAAGAUUCAAGAUUGCUUUCUUGGUCAUUUGAUGGAACAGUGAAGGUGUGGAGUAUUAUUACUGGAAGAAUGGAAAAAGACUUUGCCUGUCAUCAGGGUACAGUGCUUUCUUGUGAUAUUUCUCUUGAUGUGACCAAGUUUUCGUCUACCUCUGCUGAUAAGACUGCAAAGAUUUGGAGUUUUGAACUUCCUUCCGCUCUCCACGAGUUGAGGGGCCACAAUGGCUGUGUGCGCUGCUCUGCCUUCUCUGUGGACAGUACCCUGCUGGCAACCGGAGACGACAAUGGAGAAAUCAGGAUAUGGAAUGUCUCGAAUGGUGCUCUGCUCCGUCUGUGUGCUCCGAUUACAGAGGAAGGAGCUAGUACCCACGGAGGCUGGGUGACCGACCUUUGCUUUUCUCCAGACAGGAAAAUGCUUGUCUCCGCAGGCGGGUAUCUUAAGUGGUGGAAUGUUGUCACCGGGGAAUCCUCACAGACCUUCUACACACAUGGAACCCAACUUAAGAAAAUACAUGUGUCCACUGACUUCAAAACAUUUGUGACUGUUGAUAAUCUUGGUAUUUUAUAUAUUUUACAGAUUUUAGAGUAAUUGAACUCUUUUUAAUGGAAAAAAAAUUUAGUGAAACUCUGCAUAGGUGUAUCACCUUUUUAUAAAGCUGUGAAUUGUUUUGUAGUAUUGCCUUCAUUAUAGGAGUGUUCGUGGUUGGAUGAAUCCUAUUGAUGUAGCUUUUCCCCAAAUGAAUACACUUUUAAUCUUGUUUUCCAUAAUCAUCAUCAUUAUUAACGAUUUCUCCUUAAGAUGCAAAUGAAAAUGUAAAUACAUACCUUGUUAUAUUGUUGGUAAAAUUUUCUCUUGAUGCGUUCAAAUUGGUUGACAUAAUUAAUGAGAAUUUGCAGGAACUCUGUAUUUUAACACUGUCAGCAUGCAGGCUGAACCUCAGGGUGGCAGCGGCCUGCGUUCUGAACCACACUCACCCCCUGGGAUAGACACAUGGUUCUCCCAAAUACAAUCUUGAAGUUUACUUGCACUCUUUAUUUGCUUUAUAAAUAUCGUGUCUGUGGGCACAGUCGGCAGCAUUUCCUUUAAAUGACUCAAUAAGUGAGUCUUAGAUUUCAGCAGUUCUUUCUAUGAAGCAAAAAUUAUACGUUGGAGAGAAGUAGAGUGUCUGGGCGUUUCCCUCACAUAGCUGAUGGCAGCCCUGCGCCAUCCCUGGGCUCCAGUCGUCCGUCUCUGUGUUGGGCACUGUUCUGCUUUCUGGUUUCUUACAUACUAGACUUCUUACUUAACUAAACUUGACCUUUCUUAAUCCUUAUUUUUUUUCUUUUUUAAAAAGCCGUUGCUUCAUAGCUAAGUGUUAGAAUAAGUAGGGAGGGAGGGACUGCUUUAAAUCAUAAGUUUUAAUAAUAUUUUUCUAAGAAAUGUGAAAUAGUAAACAUAAUUUCCCUCUAAUUCCAUUUCCUCUGGGAUGAAUGGCAUUGUCGGUGCUGUUCUCUUUGUGAAUUUCAAGAGCAUUGUUUAUGGUUUUCUGUACAGUCCACAAGUCACUGUGUCUCUGGGAGAUGUCUUCCCGCCCCAGCUCUCUGCUUCCUGCCUCUCAGUACUUCCUUCUUUCCUCCCUUCCUUUCCCUUUCUGUUCCCUCCCUGGCUAAUCAGGAAAGGUAGCUUUUGACAGGGGGAUGUCAAAAGCUCAUUAGCAUCAGUAACUAGUUCUCUGUGUCCUCCUGAUUAGGAACUUUACUUGAAGCUCAAAUCUAAACAUUUUCCCUGAAAUGUAUUAUUAAGAGCAGUGGAGAUAAAUUAACAAUAGAUGUGGUUCCCAUAUAAAAAAUAACCAAAGUUUUAAGUUUUUUGUUCCUGUCAUAGGAACUCAAUCAAAUGAUGGUUACUAAGAGAUAACCGAUGAACUGGUUUCUAUUGGUGAAUAUCAGAUAUGGUGUGGGUAGGGGGAAUAGACCUCUUCUGAGUAUUUUAGAUUAGACAUUCCCAGCAGCAUAUGACGAAACCAUAAAUACAGCAAGCUAAAUCUCAGUUAAGGAGGUUUUUUUUAAAAAUGGUAAUGGUUUAUAGGCUUACUGUGAUUUAAGCAAAUGUGAUAAAUGAAAAUCUUAAUCUUAUAAAAAGAAAUUUCUAUAAGUGGUAUGUUCUGCUUGGAAAAUCCAAGUCCUAAUUUUGUUUGCAUCCAGUGUAUAGGGCCUCAUCUCAUCUGUAGUUGAGACUACAAAGUAUUAACUUUUGGAAUGAAAAGACGCUGGCUUUUGAAAUAGCACAAUAAAUAUCAGCGUUUAAAAAGGCUUGAUCAGCCCUUGUCUUAAAAAGAAGGAAGAGAAAAACAAGAAGAAAGGUAACAUGGGGCAAGAUGAGGCAACUCAUGUUAAUGGGGCUGCAAAGCUCACAGCAGCUCACUCGCACGGUCAGAGGCGGGUUGUUUCCUAGCUUGCCGGUGAGCUUUGGAAGACCAUUUUUCUGUACUGUAUUUUUUUCUUUUUGUAUUAAAAUUUGCAAUUGACUUUGUACAUAUAAAGAUUUUUUUUAUAUUGUAAUGUCUCUUGUAUGUUUUGAAAACUGUUUUGUAUUU